AUGUAUCGGAUACUGGCCAAUUUGUUGGCUAUUUUCACAUUGCCAAGCUAUCUGUCCACACACGACUUAGGGAGAAAUGGGACCAGUCGUCGCGAUCAAGCAGUACCACAAAUUCCACGAAUUGUCGUUGCUCCCACAGAUCAAUAUUCAACCGAUGGAUUCCUCGAAUUUGUUUGUCGUGCCGAAGGUAACCCACAGCCCAUCAUACAGUGGUAUAAUUCCUCGGACAAGCAGUUGGUCACUGAUCGAAUUCCCNCAGCCGAAUCGCUUUCGGGCAUUCAUGUCAAUAAACAUUACGGAAGACUGAUGAUCUCCAAUCCUACUCGUGGCGUUAUUUAUUCAUUCUAUUGUAACGCAUCAAAUGAGGUCGGUUGGACUGUGAGCGACCGCAUUGUCCAAGGCGGUGCAGCCUUUUUGGAAAAUUCCUUUCGACGUUUGCCCAAGAACUACACUGUAAAUGAGGGUGCAAAUCUCACCAUGAUCUGUGAGCCUCCGGCCGGAUUGCCUGAACCCGUCGUGUUUUGGAUGAGAGACGGUAAACCGCUUGGCUCCUCGCAUGAAAAUACUACGGAUGCGAUGGUAACCAAUGCACCGAAUUUGUUUUUGCCAAACCUCAUGACAGUGACACCAGAGGGUCAUCUCUAUAUUCCUCAAGUUCAGUUGACUCAUUCCGGAAGCUAUGUUUGUUUUGUUCCGAACGCGGGUAGUCACAGUGCCACAUUGACUGUGGAUAGCCCUCCAGCAUUUGUCGAAAUACCCACUGAUUUAUCUGUACAGAUUGGUCAAACAGUGUCAUUUCAUUGUGUAGCCCAAGGACAUCCAAAGCCGUCAAUCUAUUGGGAACUUCCAGAUAAAACACCCGUUUUCCCGUCAGAUUCAUUGAGUGAUCAGAAAUACACGGUCUAUUCCGACGGACGACUACAGAUUACAAAUGUGCAAUCGACAGACGAAGGCAAAUAUCAAUGCACCGCUCAUUCCUCCGUGGACACUAUUCACUCUACUGCUAAACUGCGUGUUUUGACAGAUGUUUUUUCGACAAGUGCACCGGAUUUCACCGGGAGAGAAACCACACCCCCAACUGCUCCAGUGACAAAUCAACCCAUCGUCCUGAUAAAUUCACCCAUUCCGUUUAUCAGUUUGCCCCCAUGCAAUCAAACUCGCAUUGUUGGUGAAUCGGUACUGUUCACGUGUGAUGUUGGCAAUAGACGAUCGUGGAAACAAGCUCAGUCACAACCCAGUUGGCUUGUGCGAUGGAUGAAACGAUCUGGCAGCACGGAUCAACCAAUUGAAUCAAUCCACGCGUCCGACUCUCAUCGGUUUCGUGUACUGCGAACCGGUAAUCUUCAGAUAUCGUCCCUAGAAUCUCAGGAUUCCGGUCUGUAUAAAUGUAUUGUCUACGGUUCGGUGAAUCAGAUUCAGGGAGCAGAGUCUACCUCAAUUCAUUGUCAAGAUAUUGUUUUGCCAUCCCCACGAAAUUUGAACGUCAUCAACGUGACUGCAACUUCGGUCACACUGAUUUGGGAACCUUUACAAACCUAUCAUACAGGAGUAUCCUCCACCAGUCACCAAACUAUUGCCUAUCGAGUAGAGUAUCUUAGCUUGUCCGAGCCGUCAAACAGUUGGGUCACUGUGGAGCGUAAUUGGCCGAUGAAUAAUGUACAUUUAGCUGGCCUUAUACCGAAUACCAUCUACUAUUUCCUUGUACGAUCUCGGUGGAUGAAUGGACGUAUCGGUUGGUCUAGUGACCCACUGGGUCCAAUUCAUACUCCAACAACUGCUGUGAUCAGCAAUCCAUCAGCAAGUUUACCUUUUUUAAAAAACUAUGCAUCCAAUCCGACACAAAUUGAUCUUCGUGAACGGAUCAAACAACUACAAAUAGAUCAUAUCCAAUUUCAGGUACUGACAGACUCGCAGUUACAUAUCCAGUGGACUGUGACCGAGACAGCCACUUUGCUCAAUUUCAUCAACGGAUUUACAGUUCGUGCCCAGGAAGUCGGUUUGUUGCGCUGUGUUGGUUCCAUUCUGGAACAGAAUAGUGAAUCCAUACAUCACGAUCGGACUUUUUCCUCCCGUCAAACCUAUUGCAGUUUGCACUAUAGGGAUUCGGAAGGUCUAGCCGGAAUGGUCUAUCGUUUGGAAGGACUACAGCGUUUAUACACCGAGUCCUCAACGGACGCCAAUCAUCCCAUCAUGAUAUCCACAGAUAUUAGCAAUUUGCCCCGACCCACUCACUCAAAUGAAAUAGGUGCUCACUUUUAUCAAGGUACUCUGCGUAACCUUCGACCAUUUCAAUGCUAUGAGAUAAGAAUAAGUGCAUAUAUUGUGCAUAACAGUUACGGAAAGUUGGAAGGUCAUUCGAGUGCACCCAAAUUUGUCCUAACCUCUGAACGGGCUCCUUCAGCUCCUCCCAGUGCUGUAUCUGUGGCCUGGGUCGCCAAGACUCGUGCGCAUAUCCGAUGGAACGCACCGUUGGUGAACAGUUGGAAUGGGCUGCUGACUGGUUACGUUGUUCAAAUUUACGGGGAGCUAACUCAGGAACCACAAAUCAUUAACGUCAGUCAUUCAAUUCUCAGUAUUGAUGUAGACCUUCUACCGCGUCCCGAGGCUUAUUUGGUUCAAAUAGCUGCGGUGACUUGUUCCGGCGUUGGGGUGCCUAGUUCACCAAUUCGACUGGUUCCGACCACAUACACAACAUAUGUGAACGCCAGUACAGAUCUGGUCCCGAAAGGAAACAAAACGGUCGAACUACUGGCUCAACCAUGGUUUGUGGGGACAAUGAUUGGCAGUAUUGUGGCCUGGUGUAUCAUCAUUGCACUGGUCGCCUUCUUCUGUUUUCGAAAACGAUACAAAAAAAGUAAAACAACAUGUACCGUCUCUGCACCCACGGAAGUUUCCCGCUCUCAACCUGGUAUCACAAAACACGAUCCAAAAUUAGCAGCUUUUGGAUUACGAGUGGAUAAUGUGAAGUUGGAACCACUGCUGUUGUCUGAGACAAGACAUGGUACGGAACAGGCCAGUAAUCAUCAUCUGAGUGAAUCGACCAAUGUCUCCUUCAUUCAGUCUCGAUCUUAUGCGGAAUACUUGGUUCAGUCACGUGCAACUGAUCAGAUCGGUACGAGACGUAAACAAAUAGACUCUCGAUCGAACGACAGUCACACGGGAGUCGGAACACAAUCCAUAUCAUCCAGCGGUGGGCGUUCGUCAAAUGAUGCGUUACACCAGCCCAUGCUAGUCACUUCAACACAUGGGAUGUCCAGUCCGGAACAAGUGGAUGCGUUGAAUCAUGUUGGAAUACCGCAAUCCUACAGUCUUUCACCGUCUCAGUACGGUUGGCAGUCAUCGCCGGGCGCUUAUCCGCAUGAUAUGCUACCCCCUUUCCAAAUGAGUAGUGGUGCCCAGUCGACCGUUCCAUAUAGACCAACUGGCUUUCCCCCAUUUUGGCCGAAUACACGAAACGGAUCGAUCGAUCGGGCAGAUGGUGAUAGUGAAAACUUAUAUUUUCGUUCAACCGAACGUUCAGAUGAUGGAACAGGGGCGACACCAUAUGCGACAGCGUCGAUUUUGUCAGCAACUGAACGAAAUGCAACCCCCGACAGUUUGACUCAAAUAGUGGACCGAUCAAUCAUGUCCGUUAGCUGUAUCGAUCUGGCGGAACACGUGUGCGACCAGUACAAAUUCGAGAUCGGUCUUAAAAAAAUGGUCUAUCAAAUUUGA